CACCGAAUCACCGAAGUCGUGUGGAUUUUAGAAUAGUUUUAUUUUUGUUUAAAUAAUUGUAAGCUUAAUUUAAUCAUAAGAAAAUGGAAACUAUAGGCAUAUUAGAGCGAGAAAUAGCUGAUUUGCGCAAGACUUUAGCCCAGAAAGAGAACGAGUUGUUUGAAAUCAAGAAGAAAUGGAUGUCGAAGCCGCAAUUAGACAAUCAGAUCCAAGUCAACCCCAAUGGUCUUCAUGGCCAAUCACAUGUGGAAAGACUGCCACGAUGGGCCAUAGAAAGGUACAGCCGACAAAUCUUGGUGCCGGAUAUUGGUGUGGAUGGACAGGUGGCGCUGCUAGCUGCUAAGGUCCUUCUAGUCGGAGCCGGGGGCCUCGGAUGCCCUGCUGCAGCGUAUCUGGCAGGCGCUGGUGUUGGUGAAAUUGGCCUCGUAGACUAUGACACUGUGGAUUUGACCAACGUUCACCGGCAGCUUUUACACGGAGAGACAGACCAAGGCACUAGCAAGGUGCAGUCUGCCGCCGCUGCUUUAAGGAGGAUAAACUCUAAAAUAACGGUGACCACACACGAAACGCAACUGUCAUCUGCCAACGCGCUUGACAUCGUGGGUCGAUACCACAUGGUACUGGACUGCUCAGACAAUGUACCGACUAGGUACCUUUUGAACGACGCCUGUUGUCUUACUAAGUUGCCUCUCAUAUCCGGAAGUGCUUUAAAAAUGGAGGGACAACUCACAGUAUAUGGAUAUCGAGGUCCAAAAGAUGCCAACGAAAAGGAGGCAUACCAAGGCCCGUGCUACAGAUGUCUCUUCCCGACCCCCCCACCUCCAGAAACCGUCGGCAGCUGCUCCGCGAAUGGAGUGGUAGGGCCCGUUCCUGGACUUAUAGGGGUGCUUCAAGCGCUGGAGGCCAUUAAGCUUAUAGUGGGCUUUCCUCACAACAAGUUGCUAGUGGAGCGAAUGUUGGUUUUCGACGGCGAUGACUGUACCUUCAGGAAUGUUGACGCGUGGACGACGCUAGAUGACACUACAAAGAACUUCCAUUUACUGACAUCUCUUGUCGACAAUAUACCCGCAAAGCGAAGAAGGCUUAAACACAAAGGCGAAAUAUCAAGAAAAGGGGACUCCAAACUAUACCACCUUGUAUAUGAUGACCAAAAACUACCCGUCUGUCGAACUACCUUCCUCAACACUUUAGGAGUCAAAGAGGCCAUGGACCCUCAACUAAAGAUCUUACCUCCCUCUCAACGUAUCAGUGCGAGCGAGCUGCCCAACCUGCUGUCUCCCUCGCACCUACUCGUCGACGUACGAAGCACUUCCGAGUUCAACAUGUGCCGGAUAGAUGGCGCUGUCAACUACCCUGUGGACUCCCUUAGAGGACACGUGCUGGAAAAGUUACUGGAAGAAAUAAGGCAGACUGAUGGUCAAGUAACGUUCAUCUGCCGUCGCGGCAACGACUCUCAGGUCGUAGCCAAGCUCGUGCUGGACGCGUUGCCGGGCGCCGCGGGACGGAUCCGGGACGUCGUCGGCGGCUUGCACGCCUGGGCCAAACAUGUCGAUCAAGAGUUCCCGGUUUAUUAAGAUGGACGUAGUCCACUUUGGAUAGCUAAUUGAUGUUAUAAAAAAGAAAUUGGCCAAUUUUCUGUAUUCUUAACGAUUUUUUGAUUGUAGGUAUAAGAAUUAGAAAAAAAAAACUUUUAUACAAUAUGAAAAGAAAAGAAAAUAUUUAUGAAUAAAAUAAAUUAUAAGUCAGUUUCCGUUUGAAACAUAGAUUUUUGAUAAUUUAAGAAUCAAAAUAAGUCAAAGGAACAUUAUUACAUCAAAAUUUUAAUAUUUAUCAUAUCUGGAGAGGAAAAAUGUAAAAAAAAUAUAGUGGGGUUUUCCCAUUAUCUCAAUGAGUUACAUAUUCUCUUUUUUUUUAAAUAUAAAUGCACAAUUUCCAAGCCAAGCUCGUGCUGGACGCGUUGCCGGUGACACGGGACGGAUCCGGGACGUCGUCGGUGGCUUGCACGCCUGGGCCAAACAUGUCGAUCAAGAAUUCCCGGUUUAUUAGGUGGAUGGACGUAGUCCACUUUGGAUAGCUAAUUGAUGUUAUAAAAAAGAAAUUGGCCAAUUUUCUGUAUUCUUAACGAUUUUUUUAUUGUAGGUAUAAGAAUUAGAAAAAAAACUUUUAUACAAUAUGAAAAGAAAAGAAAAUAUUUAUGAAUAAAAUAAAUUAUAAGUCAGUUUCCGUUUGAAACAUAGAUUUUUGAUAAUUUAAGAAUCAAAAUAAGUCAAAGGAACAUUAUUACAUCAAAAUUUUAAUAUUUAUCAUAUCUGGAGAGGAAAAAUGUAAAAAAAAUAUAGUGGGGUUUUCCCAUUAUCUCAAUGAGUUACAUAUUCUCUUUUUUUUUUAAAUAUAAAUGCACAAUUUCCAAGCCAAGCUCGUGCUGGACGCGUUGCCGGUGACACGGGACGGAUCCGGGACGUCGUCGGUGGCUUGCACGCCUGGGCCAAACAUGUCGAUCAAGAAUUCCCGGUUUAUUAAGAUGGACGUAGUCCACUUUGGAUAGCUAAUUGAUGUUAUAAAAAAGAAAUUGGCCAAUUUUCUGUAUUUUUAACGAUUUUUUGAUUGUAGGUAUAAGAAUUAGAAAAAAAAAACUUUUAUACUAUUUGAAAAGAAAAUAAAAUACUUAUGAAUAAAAUCAAUUAUAGGUCAGUUUCCGUUUUAAGCGUAGAUUUUUGAUAAUUUAAAAAUCAAAAUAAGUCAAAGGAACAUUAUUACAUCAAAAAUUUAAUAUUGAUCAUAUCUGGAGAGGAAAAAUUAAAAAAUAGUACAUUGUGCAACAAGGGGAGGAAGUUGAAUAUUACUAACGAGAUUUAAAGACCCGAGUUAGUAA